AUGGCAGCGGUGUUUCCACAUUCAGCACCGGGCGAUCCUAUAAUGGGCUAUCAACUGUCGGAAAUUCCAUCACUACUACCACAAUCUGUAUCGUUUUUACCUACACCAUUACCUGUAAUACCAGCACCUCAAGGAACUGUAUAUUUUCAAUCGCCAUAUAUCUUCCCCAGCGGUUUGUCACAGCCAAUGUUUUGCGAGCAAUCGAAUAUUCCACCGUCGCUUGAAAGUACUUCAAGAGAGGGUCCAGUGAGUGAUAAUGCUGGAACGAUGCAAGAAGCGGCACCGGAACUGUCACCUAGUGCCGUAUUUUAUCCGCCACCACCGUUUCCUAUUCCUUUUCCACCUCCAGUGCAUCCUUUUCAACUCCUCAGUCCUUAUAUACGUCCUAGCCCCGUUCUUUUUGUCUUACCACCAUUCCCAGAUACUUCCAUACCUGGUAAUCAAUUGCCACUACUACCACCGCCAUCUCUACCAUCAACGUAUCCAAAAUCAUCACUCUUGCAAUCAUUACCAUCUUCAUUUGCUUCUGCACCGUACCAGAGUUGGCCAACAACUAAUGCUACAUCGCAAAGUUCAACUGUGAGGAUAACACCGAUAAAGGACAACAUUUUAUCAACAGGUGCUAAUCAAUCAUCACUUAAGUUUUCUGGGAAUGAUGACUUUAGGAAUUUCCAACGGGAAAGUGGGAAUCGGAGUGAGCACAUAUGUCGGAAUAGGUCAGGUCCAUUACUGAAUAAUUAUCGCACUAAGCCUUGCAUAAACUUCAAAAAUGGCCACUGUCCUUAUGGAAAUAAGUGUCGAUUCAUUCACCAGGAAACAUCAGAUGGUGUAAUCAAAACAAAAUUUUCCACCAAUGCUCCUGCAUUCGUGCCAAGAGCUAAUGGAAUGCACGCUAAAUCAAACAGUCCAUGUGCUUCACUGGAUAUGCUUCCAUCGAAUCGUCUCUACAGCUCAACGCCCGUAUCAUUACUGGGGAAAAGCCAGGGUAGUGGCCUGGAUGUAAAGGAAAGACCAAAUACGCCAACAGGGCGACGAGUAUCUUAUCGGCAAGAUUUCAGUGCUGGUUAUCGACGACCCUCUGUAGCUGACGGACCUCAUCCUUUGCCUGCUUGUUGA